GCCGGCGGGGAUUCGAGCCACUACGAUCUGGUCAUCAGCAAACAGGAGGCCACCGACCGAGCCAUGGGGCAGUCGAUGCUGUACCACACGCUGUACACAUCGGUGUACAAUCUCCAAAACGUGGAGCACGCGGUGGACAAGAUGCUGUACGACAAGGAGUACGCCCGCACGCGCAAGGAGAGCCUGUGCAGCCAGGAUGGCACGCUUGCCGCCAUGAUCGGCAAGAUGGCCGACUCGCCGGAGCACGAGAGCUCGAGCGGGAGCGCUGGCCUGUACGCCACCUCCGACGAGGAGCCCUGUGACGUGAUGGACAUCCUCGACCGCAACAUGGUGCCGUUCCCGUACAAGACGGCCAAGGCGCUGGACGGCACGCACUACCGCAACCUGCCGCAGGACGUCUGGACGGAGCUCGUCAAAGAGCGGCGGCGCGAGCAGCAGCGGCCCGACUGUAACGGCUUCCUGGCGGGCAUCAAGUGCCUGGUGGAGCUGGGGCCGGUGCUGGGCGCCGCCGAGCUGUCGCAGCUGGAGUCGGAGGCGCGGCCCGAGCACCGCCACCUCUCCGAGACGGGCUCCAACCUGUACGUGGCGCACAUCCAGGAGAUGGCGCCCAACCAGGGGCCCGUCUGCUGCUACGUCGAGCCGCUCGGCAAAAAGCUGACCGUGCCGUACGACAGUCUGCGGCCGCUCUGUUCCACACCGGUUGCCGUGCCCGGUGUCGCCGUCGCCGGCGGGAGCGCGCGCCAGAACUCCCGCACGUCCGAGCGCUCCUCGUGCGGCGAGCGUCACCUCUCGCACACCGACUCUUCGUGCAGCACACCCCAGAUGGGCUCGCCCACCGCCGCUCAGCCCUACGGCAUGCACCUUGUGGGCUCGCCCAUCUUCUCACAGCAGGUGAUGCCGCCGGCGCCGGUGUUCGCCGUGGCCGAGUCGCCGGACCCCGGUGGCUUCUACAGCCCCGGCUCGGCCGAGGAGUCCGGCUACCGCUCCCGCAACGCCUCUCACUCGUCCAACAACUCCGGGGACGGCUCGGUCGGCGACGUCAACUCGCCGCACGUCCGCAACGGGGCGCCGCGCCGCUGGCCCUACUACCUGGCACCGCCGGCCGGGCCGCCGCCGCCGAGCGCCGGCUAUUUCUACCUGCCGCCGCAGUACCCGUACCCGGGCUCCGGCCAGUAG